UCCCCUCGCCUCGCGUGCAGCCCCCGGCUUCUGCCGCUGCCGCCCCCUCCUCCUCCACCCUCUCCUGCUCCUCCUCUUGGGCUGCCCUCCGCUCGGUGUCCAGAGCCCCCCUUGGGGGCCCUCCAGACAGCCCCUUGCUCGGGGCUGUUCCGUCCUCCCGUUGGCCCUCCCUCUUCCAGCAGUUUACAUAUUUAUCUCUCCUGGCCGGGCUUCCAGCCCGAGAUCCUAGAGUCGACCCUGCUGCUUGUGCGGAGGGCCCUCUGGGCGCCUGUCCGCGCUUGGAGCUGCCCAGCUCCUCCUCUACCCUUUGGGCAGCCUUUGCUCCCAGGCUCGCUGGGCUUCUCCCAGACUCCUAGAGGUGAUGGGGAGUUCUUCGAGCCGUUGCGAUUCUGCAGUUUAUGGCCAUGGCCUUGGCCACCUCGGGCUUCUGGCCGGGGGCUUUCUGCUCCUGUGACCACCUUCUUAAUUGGGGACUCCAAGCCUGCUUUCAUCGCUGCAGCCCCUCAUAACCGCAGAGGUGCUCACCAGGCCCCCAGCAGGAUCUGCUGCAUGUGAUGAAAGUGUCUACUCUCAGGGAAAGCACAGCCAUGGCUUCCCCACUGCCCCGGGAGAUGGAGGAGGAGCUGGUGCCUGCUGGCUCGGAGCCAGGUGAUCCUCGGACCAAGCCUCCUGUCAAGCCCAAGCCCCGGGCCCUGCCCAGCAAGCCAGCUCUGCCUGCCAAGCCCAGCCUGCUGGUGCCUGUUGGACCCCGGCCUCCUCGGGGUCCUCUUGCUGAGCUACCUUCUGCCCGAAAGAUGAACAUGCUGGCAGGACCCCAGCCCUAUGGUGGCAGCAAACGUCCCCUCCCAUUUGCACCAAGGCCUACAGCUGAGACACCUCCUGGAGGAGAAGUUACCCAAGAACCCGGGAAAGAAGAGGCUGAGAAAGAGGAGCUGCCCCCUUUCACACCUCCAGCUCGAUGUGCUGCCCCAGGAGGUGUGCGAAAGGCCCCUGCUCCCUUCCGUCUGUCUUCUGAGAGGUUUGCGUCCAGCACAGUGGAAGAGAUCUUGGCCAAGAUGGAGCAGCCUCGGAAGGAGUUCCCUGCCAGCCCUGAUCGCCUCUGGGGCUCCCGCCUCACUUUUAACCAUGAUGGCAGCUCUCGGUAUGGCCCCAGGACCUACGGUACAGUCACUGGUCCUAAAGAAGAGGAUGAAAAGACCCCUGCCAGGGAAUGGCCCCAGGAAGGCCCAGCAGAGUCUCCAGCAGAGUAUCAGAAAGAACAGAGCAAGAUCUCAGAGGAGAGGAGCCCUGCUUCCAGUCUGGCUGUCAAUGGGGAUUUGGCUAAACCCGCCAACUCUGAUCUGUCUACUGAUGGUUCCAAGCCUUGGGUAUCCUCAAGUCCAGGCCCUGUCUCCAAGCAUGAAGGCUCUAUAAGUUCAGGCCUCCCCACGGAAGUCUCAGGCUCAGCCCCUGAGUCUCCCCAGCAGAGCUUUUCCUGCCACUCUGAAAUGAGAAUCCCAGACGCCCAGAGUCCAGCAGCUUCUGAGGCCUCUCUCUGCUUCCCUGCAACUCCAGCGUCCGCAAGUGUAUCACCUAGUUUGUCCUCCAGUGCAGCCAUGCCUGUUGGGGUCUCUUGCCAUUCCCCUACCCCGGGGCUUCCUCUUGAGGCAACCUCAGAGGCUCAGAUACCCAGUAGUCCUCUCCCGGAGACGGUCUCAGUGCAUAAAAGCCCAGAGCAGCCCUUAGCCAUCUCACCCCGGCCAUUGGUUGAGGGAGGUGAGCUGCUGGAUCUGGUGAGGACGUUUCCAUACGGGGAGGAGGCAGCACCCAAGGCUGAUGCAGACCCCCGCCCCGGCAACCUGGGUCAGCGUCGGUUCUCUGAAGGGGUGCUCCGACCACCGAACCAAGACCAAGGGAAGCUGGGGGGCUCCCUGGCUGCCCUGCCUCAAGCCCAGGGGAGCCAGUCGGCACUAGAUCGUCCCUUUGGGAGUGGUACAGAAUCUAACUGGAGUUUGUCACAGUCAUUUGAGUGGACCUUCCCCACACGGCCCUCAGGUCUGGGGGUGUGGCGGCUGGAUUCUCCACCCCCCUCUCCCAUUACUGAAGCCAGUGAGGCUGCUGAGGCUGCCGAGGCCAGUAACUGGGCUAUGUCUGGAAGGGAAGCAAUGUCCCAGCCAAGACAAGGGGCCCUGUCAUCUCCAGAGGGCCCACAAAUGCCAAUUUCUGGAGCACAGGGAGAUGACCCAGACAUCUCCCCACCCCAGAAGAAUGACAGAGGGAGUCUGCCUCAGCCCCUAGCUGUCACCGUCUCUACAACUGAGGGCCCACUCGGAGCUCCUUUACUGCAGGCAGAGGAAAGGUAUGAAGACCUGGAACCACUGCCUGGACAGGAGUCCGCCCUCCCUCAGGCCACCAGGGAGGCGGUCUUGCCCAUGCUGGAGCCAGUGCUGGGGCAGCAGCAGCCAGCACCCUCUGACCAACCCUGCGUCCUCUUUGCUGAUGCUCCUGACCCUGGUCAGGCAUUAGCUGCUGAGGAAGAGUCUGUGACUCUAGCCCAGGCUGAAACUACCCAGCCUGAGACCACCCAACCUAGGACAGGGUCUCAAGACUCCUGUAGGGCAUCCCCUGAGUCUGUAGGCCCUGAAAACAGCUCUCGCUGGCUGGAUGAUCUUCUGGCCUCGCCACCACCCGUUGCUGGCAGCGCGAGGCGGGGAGCUGGAUCUGAACUCACGGAUGCACAGUCUCCGAGCACCUGCUCUGAGGGACUUCUUGGCUGGUCCCAGAAAGAUCUGCAGAGUGAAUUUGGGGUUGUGGCAGACCCGCCUCCCAGCAGGUUCAGUCCUUCCAGAUGGUCCCAAGGUGCUUCUCAGGACUAUGGCUUCGGGGGCACCCACCCUAGAGGAGACCCAGGCCUUGGGGAGAGGGACUGGAGCAGCAAGUAUGGGCAAGGAGCUGGAGAAGGAAGCAGUAGGGAGUGGGCCAGCAGGUGCAGCUUUGGCCAGGAGGAGAUAGAAGUCAGCAGCAGCCAGGACCAGAGCGAAGUGUCUUCCCCAGGAGGACUCACAGCCCAUGAGUGGGCCAUGGGACAGCCAGCCCAGUCUGACACUCAGCGCCAGGACACUGAUGUGCAGCAGUGGGAGUUCAGGAAGGAGGAUUCCCAGGGCUCUUACUCCCGCCGGGAUGCAGAGCUCCAGGACCAGGAGUUCGGAAAGCGGGAUUCCCUGGCUUCUUACAGUAGUAAAGAUGCCAGCCUUCAGGACUGGGAGUUUGGGAAGAGGGAGUCUCUGGGCGCUUACACCAGCCAGGAUGCAGUGGAGCCAUGCCAGGAAUCAGGCAUGAAGGAACACCUGGGUGGCUAUAGCAGCCAGGAUGCCGAGGAGCAGGACCGGGAGUUUGAGAAGAGAGAUUCUUCACUUGGCAUCUACAGUAGCCGGACCUCAGCACAGCAUCAAGACCAAGAGUUCGGGACCAGUGCUUGGAUGCAGGACUAUGGCAGCGACAGCUCCAGGACUCUCAGCUCGCAGGACAGAGGCUUUGGGAUGCCAGCCCUCAGCCCUGGUUUCAGCCCUGAGGAGGCUCGGCAGCAGGAUGAGGAGUUUGAGAAGAAGACUCUGAGUGGGGACGACAGGCUGUGUGAGGCCAGCAGGGAUGCAGAUAGGCCAGAGGAGGGAGAAUCGGGGUGCCUGUUCAGCCCUAGCACCCCCAAAUUGCAAGAGGGGCUCCUUGGUCAGAGAGACCAGAAUAACUGGCAAGACAGUGACACCACCCAGGAGGAUGCACAGCUACAGGGAAGACCACAGACGGGGGGUCAGAGUCCUGCUGAUGCUGAUCUUCAGGAUGGGGAAAUAGGGAAGCUAGGCUGGGCCGGUGAGUUUAGUCUUGGUGUUACAUCCCAUUCAGAGGAAGUAUUUCGUCCAGGGCGGCAAGACUGGAGUGGAGAACUGUGCAUGGAGGCCACCGACAGGAGCCGUCAGUUUGGCAUCAUUGGCAAUGACAGGAUGAGUGGUGCUGGCUUGAGCCCUUCUGGCGAGAUGGGAGGCAGUCACUUUGUGCCUCCUGGAGAGACUGCGUCUGGUCCUGUGGACUGGACUGACCAACUAGGUCUCAGGAACUUAGAAGUGUCCAGCUGUGUGGAUUCUGGGGGCUCAAGCGAGACCAGAGAGAAUACCAUGGGACAAAUGAGCUGGUCAGACAGCCUAAGUUUGAGAGAUGGGGACCUGGCCAGCCAUCUGGCAACUGGGGGCUCUGACGAACCAAGAGGGAUGGGAGUUGGGGAGAAGGACUGGACUUCCAGUGUUGGGGUGAGGAGCAGAGAUUUGCCUGGGGUGGAGGAGGUAAGAGGCCAGAGCCAGACCAGAGAGAGUGGCGUGGGGCAGCCUGACUGGUCAGGUAUGGAGGCUGGAGAGUUCCUUAAGACCAGGGAGCGUGGAGUGGGACAGGCAGAUUGGACACCUGAUCUUGGCCUGAGAAAUAUGGCCCCGGCGGCAGGUUGCAGCCCUGCAGAGCCCAGGGAGCUGGGAGUGGGUCAAGUGGACUGGAGUGACAAUCUGGGUCUGAGGAAUUUGGAGGUGCCUUGUGAUCUAGAGUCUGGAGGAGGUUCUCGGGGCUGUGGAGUGGGGCAGAUGGACUGGGGUCAGGACUUAGGACUCCGGCAUAUGGAGCUCUCUAGGGCCCUGAGUGAAUCCCGGGAGCAUGGUGUGGGGAGGGUGAGCCCUGUUCUAGAGCCUGGCAUCAGAGACAGUGGUGGCUUGUCCACUGGCUUGGAGACCAGAGACCCUUUAGAAGUCAGGGAGCUGGGUGUUGGUGAAACAAGUGGGCCAGAGACUCAAGGUGCAGAUCACAACUUGUCUUUUUUUGAGACCCAUCCUGAAGACCCUGAAAUGGAGACAGAAGGCUCGGGCUUGGGAGUCAGCUCCAGCAGGUGUCUGGCCCGCUCCCCACCCUCUGGCUCCCAGGGCCUCCUUGAGGAGAUGCUAGCAGCCAGCAACUCUAAGGCAGCCACUGGACAGGAAUCAGCUGUCUUAGGACUCAGGGUCCCAUUGGAGGAGGAAGGAGCCACAGCAGGUGCUGGGCAGAGGGAAUCCUCGGAGCCCAGCAGGGAACCUCUGCCUUCCUGGAGGCCUCAGCCUGAUGGAGAAGCCAGCCGGAUGGAAGAGGUGGACGGUACCUGGGACCUGGCAGGGGCUGGGCAGAGUGAACGGGGGCCAGCCCCAGCCCCCCGGCGAUCCUCCCAAGGUCCUCUGCCCAGCUGUCCUAGUGAGGACUUCUCCUUCAUCGAGGACACUGAAGUCCUUGACAGUGCCAUAUAUCGGAGCCGUGCCAACCUAGGACGCAAGCGUGGACAUCGGGCGCCGGCCAUCCGGCCUGGGGGUACCCUGGGACUGUCAGAGUUGGCAGACUCUGAUGCGCGUCUGUUCCAGGAUUCAACAGAGCCACGGUCCUCUCGAGUGCCAUCUUCAGAUGAGGAGGUAGUGGAGGAGCCUCAGAGCCGCCGGACACGGAUGUCUUUGGGCACCAAAGGGCUGAAAGUCAACCUCUUUCCUGGCCUGAGUCCUUCAGCCCUGAAGGCUAAGCUUCGCUCUCGGAACCGGUCAGCUGAGGAGGGGGAGGUGGCAGAGAGUAAGUCCAGCCAGAAGGAGUCUGCAGUCCAACGCUCCAAGUCCUGCAAAGUUCCAGGGCUGGGGAAGCCUCUUGCAUUACCUCCCAAGCCAGAGAAGUCCUCAGGGUCGGAAGGAUCAUCACCCAACUGGCUCCAAGCCCUGAAGCUGAAGAAGAAGAGGGUCUGAGGAGUGACCAAGGUUCUUCUCAUUUGGUAGUCUCAGGCAGUGUCUGUUCCUGUGGGGUCCCUGAGGAGGAAAUGGCUGGAGCCCCGCUAAGGCUCAAGCUGCAGCCUCUGUCCUCCCUCUGCCUCUGAGGAGUGUGUGGGAGGCACAUUUAUGCACUUUGUAUCACCUUCCCAACUUCCCCCACACCUUCCCUCCCAACCUAGAUUCCUUCAGUUGUGGAGGUUUUUGUCCUUUCUUUGUUCCCUCCCCUUCUUCCCUCUUUGCUUCCUCCUCUAGCCUCCCAUGGGUUUCUUUUGAUACCAGUUUAUAGCAUUUUUUAUAAAAGCCUUUGAUUUUUGUAAUGGGUGGAGCUCCUACCCAAGCUCUGCCCCAGGUCUCCCCCUACCCUGUUAGGUGCCCCACAGAGACCAAUGACAUUUUGCCACUUGAAACAGUGAAUAAAGUUUUUUGGGAAUUGG